GAACGAUGCCAUAGACACUGUAUAUUGGGUAUACGUAUGUCACGCGCCUACUGUCAAAUCAUGUGAUUGACAAGAGAUUUUUUUCGCAAUCAUCACAUUCAGCUCUUGUGAUUAAUCGAUAGACGAAAUCAAUAGAUUAUCUCGAAAAUGGGCGCCAUUCCAGUCAUUUUGAUCACUGCAUUUUGGGGUUUUGUUGGAAUUGCAUUACCAAUUCUUGCACCAAAAGGACCGAACCGUGGUAUUGUGCAAUGCGUUUUAAUGCUGACGGCAGCGACUUGUUGGCUUUUCUGGUUGUGCUGUUUCAUGGCUCAGAUGAAUCCAUUGAUGGGUCCACGAUUGCAUCAAGGCACAAUAUUGAUGGUUGCACGUGAAUGGGGCAAUAUGCCAUCUGACAUCAUUACCUAUCAACCAACAGGACCACCAUCAUCUGAACAUUAAAAACAUCUUGUGCACAAGCACGCACCUCUGUUACAAUCAGCAGCCCGGUGCUCAGUAUUAAUUAUCAAAAAAAAAUUAUUCUGUUUAGUCGUGUUUAUGUUGAGUUGCUGAAUUUUAUUUUGCUGACUUUGGCCGGAUCAGAAUUUCUAUUGUUUCAUUUAUUUCCGAUGUUGAACUGUAACAUAAGGCUAAGUCAAAGCGAACAAAAAUGAACCUUUUUUUUUCUUCUUCACUCAAUGAAACACUCUUUCUUUUUCUGUGUAAAAAAUUUUCUUCAUCAUUAAAUUGUUUAGAAAUAAAAUUCCAAAUAGAUUUAAACGGUCAUUCAAUUUUAUUGAA